GGCGCGGUUGCCCCAUAUUUGAAUAAACUUCCUUCUCAGCCGUAUAUUUUGAACAUAAAAACAGCGGAGAGCUACGUAAAACAGGUUUUACAAUUUUUAUUGUAACACUACCAUAGUUGUCGCUGGUAAAGGGCAACAUAACUGAGGAUUCCUGUUUUAAUAAAGCCUUACAUUUCACACACAAAAUGUCACCACUUAACUGCCAGAGAGAUAAAAUGGACAAAUAAACUUUUAUUUUAGAACAGCACUAACUUCUAAUCUUUUUGUUUUAAUGGAGGAACUUGCUCUGCACCAAACUGCAUUAAGCCAACACAGAUACAGACAACACACACAUUGGAAUUAAGUUGUAAGUUCAUAGGUCAGAAGAUUAGUCUGAGCCUUAGCUGACUGGCCAACAAGGCAGGAACCAUGGCGUUUUUACCCAAGUAACCUCAGUCUUUUUGCCAGCUCCUAUCUAACCCAUGACCUUUUACCCCUGACCCCUGUAUCACUCGCGCAAAAUCUCUUCCUGUAGCUUAUUCUCUGAAGCUUCUUCUCUCUGAUUGGUUCACAGGAUAACUGUAUUACCUAGCAGGUGUUCCAACCAAGUGUUGAGUAUGACAUCACAAGUCAGUAAGCCAAUCGUUUGUCUGUGUGUUCUGAGGACUUGAUCCAGUAUCAAGAGUCUAUCUUUAGUGUGGAUGAAGAGCAAUGAUGCUCCCUAAGCUUGUUCACUCCUCUUUAAACUCACAUGGCGUCCGGCAGUGUUGUGGUGGGUCUCAGCACUGCAGCACUCAGUGCCCCUUGGAGAAACAAAAGCUUUAUGGUGGGCACUGGCAGGGAUCCUCCGUUAUCUGACCAGGGAGAGACCGUUAUUGGAGUUUACUUGCUGUUGCUGGGCUGGCUCUCCUGGUUUGGAAACAGUAUCGUAAUUUUCGUGCUCUACAGACAAAGGUCAACGCUGCAGCCCACAGACUACCUGACCUUCAAUCUUGCUGUAUCUGAUGCCAGUAUCUCGGUGUUUGGAUAUUCCAGAGGAAUCAUUGAGAUCUUCAAUGUGUUCAAGGACAGUGGCUACCUGAUCUCCUCCAUCUGGACAUGCCAGGUAGACGGCUUCUUCACUCUGAUGUUUGGGCUGAGUAGCAUCAACACCCUUACAGUCGUAAGCAUUACUCGCUACAUCAGAGGAUGUCACCCACACAGAGCUCGUCACAUCAAUAGAUUCUCCAUUUCCCUGUGUCUUGUCUUCAUCUGGGUCUCAGCUGGAUUCUGGUCUGGAGCUCCGCUGCUGGGCUGGGGGAGCUACACAGACCGCGGUUAUGGAACUUGUGAGAUUGACUGGGCCAAAGCGUCGUACUCAAGCGUGCACCGCUCCUAUAUCAUUGCCAUCUUGGUGUCCUGCUUUCUGGUGCCAGUGCUGGUCAUGCUCUUCUGCUACGUGUCAAUCAUCAACACAGUAAAGCGAGGCAAUGCAAUGUCAGCAGAGGGCGACAUUAGCGAUCGGCAGAGGAAGAUGGAGCGUGAUGUCACCAUCGUUUCCAUUGUGAUUUGCACUGCCUUCAUCCUUGCCUGGUCGCCAUAUGCUGUUGUUUCCAUGUGGUCUGCAUUUGGUUUCCACGUGCCUAAUCUCACCAGCAUCUUCACACGUCUCUUUGCCAAGUCUGCCAGUUUCUAUAAUCCACUCAUUUACUUUGGCCUCAGCUCAAAGUUCCGCAAAGAUGUGGCCAUCCUCCUGCCUUGUGCACGUAGUGCCAAUGACUCGGUCAAGCUGAAACGCUUCAAGGCAAAGGCUGAUGCUCGGGGUCGCCCACCUGCAGCAGGAGGUGGGGCCAGACGCAAGGGUCGCCCUAAACAGUCAGGGAGGAACUACUCACCAGAACCAGUCCAAGACAGAGAGGAAGAGGCUAGAUCUCCGCCCUGCAUGUUGCAGACGGUGUCAACUGACAAGCAGGUGUUUUUUAUUGAGGCUCCACAAGCAUCAGACGUGGAGUUUGAAUGUGAGAGACUUUAACGUGACAGGAUGUUAUAUUUUUGCAAAAACAACAAAGAAAAAAGUUUAUUUAAAGUUUAUUAAAAGCUUAUUCCUAUUAGAAAUGGGGUUGGGUUUAUCAGAAACUCAGAGGGUCAAGUUCUCAGUUCUGAAUUUGUAAAUAUGUAUUCUAUUAAAUAAUUAAUGAAAUCCCACAAUGUUCAAGUCAUAAAAAACUCUCUGACACUGAUCAUGGACAUAAAGACAUCCUUUAAAAAGUAUCAAAAUGUCCUUAUACGUAUAUCAUAGAAACGGUGUAUUUAUGACCCCA